GCGCAAUUUAAAGUGGAAGCAGGUUUUCUUUGGGCACUUCUUCUUCAAUUGCUUUAAAACUUGUAGAAGAAAGCUUUCUGACUCCAUGUUAUUUGAGAAUUGGUUGCAAAGGAUAGUUUUCGCAGCUGUGCAUAUGUCGGGUGCGGGCAAGAAGCGAGUACGAAAGGAGGAUGUGGCUACCUUCGACGAAUGUGACGCUGGCAGCUGGGAAUGCACUGUAUGCACCUAUCGCAAUCGUUUCGAAGCAUUCAAAUGUGAGAUGUGCGACACAAGAAAGGGAACCUCGACGCGAAAACCACGAUUGAAUGAGAACGUUGUACAGAUGCAAAAGGUUGUGCAAAAUUUUGUUGUCCAACAACAAGAGAAAGCUGCUAGCAGUUUCAAGCGACGUGCGCAUCAAAGCGCGGGCUCGCCCUCCACUUCUCGUCAUUCGCCAGAGUCCACUUCAAGCGGAUCUGCAGUGCGGAGUCUGAAUACACCCGGAAUCGUGUCUAAAAGUCGUCGGAGAAUGGUGCUCAUAUCAGAUCACUUGAUAUACAGGACAUUUCCCAAGAAAGUGACAGUGGUAGUAAAUGGUGUUCCUGCUACUAUAACAGAGUUUCGCCGAAAACCCAUAUCCUCAGAAAGAGUGCGCAGGCAGCACUACGAAAUGAAUCAGCAAUCGCACUUGAUCUCAAAAAACGAAAAUUGGACUGGCGGGAGUCCGCUUCGCAACGAUUCGCGCGGCUUUGCAGUCUGUGUCUCUUCAUUAUAAUCUAUCUCGCUGAGCCAAUGGCGAUGCGGACGCGCUGCUCCACUUGGAAUGUUUCGCCUACUCCGGGUUGAAAAAACUGUACGAGCCCAUUGCAUGCCGAUCAUUUUGUAUUUCGGAAGUGGAAGUUAUUCGCGAUUAGGUUUGGAAACUAUCUCAACCGAAAUGUAAGAUAAUCGGCAUGCAGUGGACUCGUAACAGUUGUCUUGUUGGGAGAAUCGCUCGGCGAUGAAAUCGCGUAAUAUAUGCCCUGGCUGUAAGUCGUUGGCAAGCAUGUGCCCUUCUUUUAUUUUUCAAUAAGUUGUAAGCGGUGCAACAGUUUGUGCUUUUGUUCAGGUUUUAUUCUUGUACUUUCGUUCAAGUUUUAUUCUUUUACCUUGUAUCAUAAUCGCGUUAGCGGAGUUACCGUUAGUGUAUAGUUGAUUACGUAACACUGUCUCAUUAUUGAGUACCUAUCAUAGAUAUAUGCAUUUCGCAUUUUCUUGCAGUAUUGGAAAUUCUUUCAUGGCAAGGCCGUUAGUUUCCGAUAAUUUGCAUUGUGAAAUGGCUAUUACAUUGAAAAUUACCGCAAAUGGAAUUGUUGUUGCAGAAACGUUAUUGGUGUGUAACAAAAUCACCCA